GCUGACCUUGGCGGUCACUUCAAGCAUAACCCUAAUUUUUGUAAAAAAGCUUAUUUUUAGGGCGUUUGGAAGAACAUAACAUCUUAUUCACAACCGAAAUACUUCAGCCAAAAAACGGAAUAUAUUAUCGUUUGAUAUCUACUAGUAAAAGUCUUGUCAAAUCAUCAUGAACUUUUGCAAACGAUUUUCUGUUUUAUGUGUACGUAAAUCUGUGGUUAACAUGACACCAUUGCACGUCAAUCAAUACUUCAGUACACGGAGCACCACAGGUGUUGGAAUACCCGAUGAGUCUGAGAAAAUUACCUCUGGUGAAACUGAACAAAACUUACCAAGUGAUUUAAAUCAGGAAACGGGCGAAAUAGGGGGACCUCGGGGUCCUGAACCAACUCGUUACGGUGACUGGGAGUAUAAGGGGCGUUGUAUUGAUUUCUAGUUUUUGGUGAUAUUUCACUGUACGUUUGUAACAUGAGUUCCAAUAAAAGCUUUUCUCAGACCUGAUUUCACGUUUUCAAAUAUGUGUAGUGAAUAAGUAUAUUCGCAGCUCUUAGUGUGCCGAUUUUAGGUUGGGAAAUGAUCAAAUGGCUUCACAAGAGGGAGAUUACUCGAUGUUAUUCCUCUCCAUUAAUCGAUUUGAGUUGUGGACUUAAGACGUAUCACCUGCGUGAAAUCUUGCCUCAGAGUGCAACAUUCGACAUAUUUCUCGGUUUCUCAGCAGAUGGGUGCUUUUUGGUAUCAUACAAAAGUGAUUUCAAGCAUCAUAUUUUGCGAUUCUGGCUGUUCCCACCAGCUAGUACUCAACGUUGUGGAAUGUCACUUACUUUGUACGCAGAAAGAAAAUUUAUAAGAAGUUGUUACUAUCCGAACCUUCCCAGUAUUCCAUGUGUUAGAUUUGUGCAGUCACUGUCAAGUCCGAAAGAGUUUCUACUACUUGCAUGCAAUGAUGAUGGCACUGGAUUCGUUGCUGCAUUUGGCCUUAUACCUGAUUUGGAUUGCAGUUCUUGUUUAGAAGCAUCAUCGAGUCAUGAUAGUCCACCUUCUAGAUCCACCUGCAGUAUUCAUUCACGAGUGUUACCUCUUAAUCUUGAUCUAUCUCACGCACAAGAAUCUUCUGCCUCAGUCAGAAGUAACGUCAGAGAUUUGAACAAUCCUCAGUUUUUAUCUUGUGAUACUCAAGAUAUUGUACCACCAUGUUUCCGUUCACGUGAUGGAACCUGUCGAUCCAAUAAUGAAGGCUCUUGUUUUGCUUCAACUGGUUUGCCUAUUGGACAAAUCCAGGUCGGUGUUUCUGCGAAUACUGGGCAUUUACGGAUCGCCUGGGCCAAUCCGGAUGCACAAGUUAAAGUAAUAUCAUGCUCCUUUGAAAAGUCUAUAAAUCCUGAUGAGUCAUCACUUUGUAAGCUUCCAAAGGGUAUGUCCACAUCAUUGGGACAUUAUCCUUCUUCAUUAGUUUAUAAGCCUCCACUUCUUACUCAUAACUACUGUUCAACAUGCUAUUCGUGGCCGGAAGAAGAUCAGCAAUGUAACAAGGAACAUGUGACCUCAUUUUCAGUCUCAUCCGCUGAAGAUUCUACAAAAUGCAUUUUUUCACAUGAUUCACUCAAUAUUUUAUUGGUCAGUGAUUCCUUGUCAUGGCCGGAUAAUCAUUCGAAUAUGCAUCCAGAUGGUGCUGAAAAGAUAUGUCAUCAGUGUUCAUCUAACAAUUUUGCUAAUGGUGUCCAGUCAAAACGUAGAAUAUUUCCAGACGUAUGGGUUCCAUCACUGUUGUCAGACAGGCCAUGCUUUUUAUCAUGUAUUCAACUCACUUAUCUUGCAAUGCUGCAAGAUAUUCGAGCUUCGUACUUACACUGGACAUUAGUAUCACGAAAUAAGAAUAAAAUGGAUAAUACAUCUAAUCUAACCAAUACUGCGUAUACUGUUUAUCAAAAUGAAUCUUCUGAAGAGUAUGCCAGUGAAUGGAAUAUAAAUAAUUCUCCGUUAUCUUCACAUGCCAGUUCAGAUGAUGAUACAGAAGCAAUGUUAAGUAGUCCAGAUAGUGAAGAUACAAGUUCAUCUCCUGAAGACUUGUUAGUUCAUCGUCUAUCUGGCCAAUGUCACACAUCAUUUGAUCUUACAGAAUGGGAGGAAUAUAUAGCACCUAAUGUACAAACUGUUACAAGUGAUGAGAAUUCUAAUUGUAGUAUAACAAAUGAAAAGUUAUCAGGUCGUAUUAUUGCACAUUUAGAAGAGGUUGUAUUUGAUAUACCUGUCAUUUGUGUGCCUGAUGGAAAAAGAUGUAUAUACAGUAACUCUUCACCAGUACUGGUACCUUUUAUCCCAUCUGAAGAACCUGACUUAUUGCUUGUAUACCGCAUGAAACCUGCUGAUAUUUCAUUGUGCACAAGUUUUGAUGAAGCAUCUACAGAGUGUAAUACAAUGGAUCUUCUCAGAAUUAUAGAUAUGAAUACUGGAUAUUCACUUCCUAUACCGUGUAAAGAUCAGUCUCCUAAUAAUAAUAAUAAUAAUAAUGAUAAUAAUACUAACCAAACCUCAUUUGGUACUCUAACUUUUUCAAUGCUCAAAAAGCUCACUUCUCAGUGUCCACAGAAUCGUAAGAUCUCAUCAUUUCAGUGUAAAAAAAGAUUAUUAUAUGAAUUGAAUAAUUCUUCUAUGGCUGGUAGGCUGGAAAGUUUGAAAUUACUUGUUGAUCCUCAGGGCGGUUAUUCUGUGUGUUAUUAAUUUGUACAUUUAAAAAUAAAUAAAUAAAUAAAU